AUGGAGGUAUUAUUAGAUAGGGCUUUGAAGGCUUUGUUUGAAGUUAUAGCUAGUGGAGAUAUAUUGGAUAAAGAGUGCAGGCUGGGUGAUCUGGUUGGUGGGUGUGCUGGGCCUGGGUACCGACAUCUUUGUGGCAUUGUUAAUGCUAGAGCUGUUAUUUAUAUUGGUGUUUGGGG